AUGCUGUCCGCUUUCACAGCCCGACCGAUUAUCGAGCUGAAGCCACGCGACAAGUCCAAGAUCGAAUCCAUCCUCGCCUACGGUAAUAGAGUACUUGUUGGCCUAAACACCGGCUCUCUACGCAUUUACCGUGUCAACGAGACUACCGAAGACGACGAGCAACCCGCGCAGAACGGCGAGCAGAACGGCAGCGACCAGCCCGAGUCGCAGGCACCCAAGGUCAAGCCCGUAGAUCUCCUGCGCGAAGAAGACAAGUUCUCGCGACGCCCGGUACAGCAGCUGGCUAUCAUCAAGGAGGCAAACAUCCUCCUGUCGCUGUCAGACAAUCAUGUCUCGGUUUACGAUCUGCAGACGUAUGCGUUACAGGAGAAGCUAGAGCGGACACGGGGCGCCACAACCUUCGCCGUGACAAGCAACAUCGUCAAAGAUCCUGGCACGGGCAUUCCGACCAUCGUGAGCAGGCUGGCAGUCGCCGUCAAGCGGAAGAUCAUACUAUGGACGUGGCAGGACAUGGAAUUGAGCGGUGAUGCCGAGAUCACCCUUGUUGCUUCGGUCAAGAGCCUGACGUGGGCAACGGGUACCAAGAUUGUCGCUGGUAUGGAUCCUGGUUUUGUCAUGGUCAAUGUCGAGAGCCAGGAAAUUCAGGACAUCGUUAAGCCGGGUCCGUUGGGCGAAGCUGGUGGUCAGGGCGGGACCAGAUUUGGCGCUGUGUCUUCAUCCGGCAUGGGUUAUAUGGGUAUGGGAAGCUGGGUGCCGAAGCCAUUGGCAACACGGCUGCAAGAGGGCGAGAUGCUACUGUCCAAGGAUGUAAACAGCUUAUUCAUCGACACCGACGGGAAUGCCCUCGAUAAGCGACAAGUACCAUGGCCAUCGGCGCCCGAGUGCCUUGCAUACUCGUACCCGUACAUGCUAUCGCUACAGCCACCCGCAAAAGGAGGACUGGAAAUCAGGAAUCCGGAUACGCUCAACCUUCUGCAAACCAUCGCCCUGCCGAACGCGAACUUUCUCCACGUCCCGCAACCAAACAUCAGCUUAGCACAUGCCGGCAAAGGCUUCCUUGUAGGGAGUGAUCGGUGCAUCUGGAGAAUGGGUGCGCAGAGCUACGAAUCACAGAUUGACGAGCUUGUUGCCAAUGGUCGGUUCGAUGAGGCCCUGAGUCUUCUCAAUAUGUUGGAGGAUACACUUCUUCUCGACAAGGAAGAGAGAAUAAGGGAGAUUAUGAUUCUCAAGGCACAGGCUUUGUUCGAGCUACGCAAGUUUCGCGAGGCCAUGGAUCUUUUCACGGAUGCCAAAGCGCCACCCGAACGUGUUAUCGCGCUGUAUCCCAAGUCCAUCGCGGGCAACUACUCCUCAGUGGAGAGCGUAAAGGACGAUGAGAGUGUGGCCGAUGAAGAGGAGGCAACGAACGGAGACAAGGCUCCCGCCGAAAGCAAGGAACUGCCUUCCACGGCAGGCAACACCAUUGGGCGUUCGAUGAUGGGCAGAUUGGUCGGCCAUAAAAAGGUGGACUCCGAUACCGCGUCUAUUCGAUCGUCAUUGAAGGACUCGAGAGAAGAUACCGCCGACGCCGCCAGUAUUAAAGGGAAGACCUCGGAAACCAUUCUACCGGAUAAGAACCUAGAAGGUAAGGACUUGAGGCUCGCGGUGCGUGCUUUGCAAGUGUAUCUGGCACAGUGUCGGGUGCAAAUUAAGCGCUACAUCGACAUCGACGGCACAUUGAAAGAGCCAUUACCUGAGCAAAGUGAUAGCCAAGCGGAAGAGUACAAGCCACCAUUUCACUACUUCAUAAAGACGACAGCAUCGCUAGGGCAUGUUGAUUGGGCUACGGAGCUUUUGAAAGCAGCUCAGCUCGUCGACACCACCCUCUUCCGUGCGUACAUGUUAGCAAGCCCAGGCCUAGCCGGUCCACUAUUUCGUCUUCCCAACUUCUGCGAACCAGAUGUUGUUCAAGAGAGGCUCUACGAGACUGGUCGGUAUGCCGACCUGAUCGACUUCCUACACGGCAAGAAAAUGCACCGUCAGGCACUAGAGCUCCUCGAAAAGUUCGGAAAGAACGAAGCAGAAGACGAGGUUUCGUCCGCGCUUCAGGGUCCUCAACGAACAGUCGGUUACUUGCAGCAGCUACCACCGGAGAUGAUAGAUCUCAUCCUCGAGUUCGCGGAAUGGCCGCUGCGAACGGAUACUAAGCUCGGCAUGGAAGUAUUUCUUGCUGACACGGAAAACGCUGAAACAUUGCCUCGCCACAAGGUGGUUGAAUUCCUCGAAAAGAUUGACUCGAAGCUUGCUGUGGAGUACUUGGAACACAUCAUCGAGGAAUUGAACGAUCUCACACCUGAAUUCCAUCAAAAGCUGGUCGAUCUGUUCCUCGAGAGGCUUAGGGCUCAUGAAUUCGAAGAUGACGAAGGGAAACAAAGAUGGAGGUACCGAUUGCAGACAUUCCUCAAGACCAGCACGAAUUACAACACUAUGCGCGUGUUUAGGCAGCUGCCAUCGGACGAGGCGGACUACUACGAGGCGAGGGCCGUAGUCCUCAGCAAGAUGGGCAACCACAAGCAAGCUUUGCAGAUCUACGUCUUCGACAUGAAAGACUACCAAAAGGCUGAAGAGUAA